AUGGCCUCGACAGGCCUCCAGCUCCUUGCUUUCAUCCUGGCCUUCUGUGGGGUCUCUGGGGUGCUGGCGGCCACCGUGCUGCCCAACUGGAAGGUGAGCAUGGACUCGGGCUCCAACAUCAUCAUGUCCAUCAUCCAGCUGCAAGGGCUGUGGAUGGACUGCACGUGCUACAGCACCGGCAUGUUCAGCUGCACCCUCAAGUACUCCGUCCUGUCCCUCCCCACGCACGUGCAGGCUGCUCGGGCCACCAUGGUCCUGGCCUGUGUCCUGUCUGCUUUGGGGAUCUGCACUUCCACAGUGGGGAUGCAAUGCAUUCGCUUAGGAGGGGACAGAGAAACCAAGAGUCACGCUUCCUUUGCUGGAGGCCUCUGCCUCAUGUCUGCAGGGAUCUCGGGUCUAAUACCGACAGUGUGGUACACGAAGGAGAUCAUCGCAGACUUUCUGGAUCUGGCAGUGCCGGAAAGCCACAAACACGAGCCCGGAGGAGCCGUCUACAUCGGAUUCAUUGCGGCCAUGCUGCUGCUGAUCGCUGGCAUCAUUUUCUGCACUUCUUGCAUGAAAAAGGACCCAGAGGCGUGGCUCUCCCCACCCCCGCAGCAGCACCCCCGCACCACAAAGCCAAAGGGCAGGUCAGCUUACCACCUGAAGGACUAUGUGUGA